AGAAGCUGUUUCUUCGUCGUUCUAUUAGAAUACUUUAUUUACCUACAUGCCCAAUAUUUCCACUUAUACAUUUUUACAAAGUUACACGCAUUCCUUCUUUAUAUCCCAGCGUCCUUUCUUAUAUAUCGUCGUUGCGGAAUGGCAGAUGGCCGAGUUCUCGAUCAAAUUUUCAACGUUUAUAACUCUCUGGAAAAAUGACAAAGCCACAUACGAAGCGAAUAAAUAAUAAAAAUCCGCCCGUGGAUUCGCACCGAGUAGCAGACGAGAACCUGGCGCCAUUUCCAAAAUGCAUCGAAUUCUUAAUAUUUAGAACGUUCGACGUCUGCAAUUCUUUCGAAAAUAAUCUCGCAUCCAUAUCCGAUACAUAUCCUCUGAAGUAAUCCAAAUGAUCUAAACAACAACGAUAAUAACAAUAACAAUAUCUUUGUCCUCGUCAUAAAUAAAACAAUAAAUAAGAGGCGUGUCAGGGAGCGCGCUACGUUUGGGCGCGACUUUCAAAAUGUGCGCCAAAAUCUAAGCGUGAUAACAGGUCUGGCUUGGUGGUUGAUCCAACCCAGAAAACGAUUACAACGACGAAGCGAAACGAUCUGACGGAGAAACUGUAAAUCGAAUGAUCGUACGGUGGCACAAGCUUCUCAUUACAAUGCCGUGUGAUCGGUCGUAGAAAAAGAAUAGCGGUUCGAAGUAUGUACAUACUACUCAUAACUGGCGCUCGUCGUUGGUACACCGGAGUGACCGUGCGUGAGCGGUUGAACGUCGAGAACGAUGGCAGUGACGAAGGUAAUGGUGUAGUGGUCGUGGUCGUGGUCGUAGCGUCAACAACAACGACGACAACGACGACGACGACGACAACGACGACGACGACGACGACGACGACGACGACGACGACGACGACGACGACGACGACGACGACGACGACGACGACGAGGACGAGGACGAGGACGACGACGACAACGAUGAAAAUACUGGUAGAAAGACGAGGAUGACUAUGGUGACGGUGGCAACGGGCGAGAACGACAACGUCGACGACUAUGACUACGCUAGGAGAACGACGACGGCAGCGACUACGACUACGACUACGAGAGGAUCGACAAUGAGAACGGCGAAUAGGUGGUACGUAGUGUGGUAGUGGUUAGGCGAGUAGAAGAAGGUCGCGUGUGUUGGUUACGUGGACGAUACACAUAAUGGAAAAGGUGUAGUGGUGUUAUAGUAGUGGUAGUGGCGCGAGUCGGUGGUGAGGAGGAUAGCGGUGGUGUUGUCGGGCGGUGGUGGUGGGACGAAGAUGGUGGGGUGGUUGGAUGGCGGCGCUCCUAGCGCGCAAGCCGCACCGUCCGACGCGGAUGCAGUUACGGGAGCGCAGCGCGACCCAAUGCAACUCGACGAACGUCGCAUAUCCGGAGCCGGAUCAAACGUCGAGGCCUGGGCAAGUGGUGCGUGUGCGUGUGUCGCUUCAUCUCCCUCUCGCCUGUGCGCCCGUGAAACACGCGAGAGAGAAACCAAGGGGGAGUGACGGGGAAAAGACGGAUGCGAGAAGUAAAGCCGAAAAGAAACGAACGAAGAAAAUGAGAAACGGUGUUUCCCUCGGCGGUGCGUAAGCGCGUCUUCGAGAAAAGAAAAAGAAAACGGAAGACGAACGAGCAGGAAGAAAGAAAGAAAGAAAGAGAGAAAGAAAGAAAGAAAGAAAGAAAGAAAGGAAGAAAAUAAAGGGAGAAGAAAACGGUGAGAGAAGAGCGACGGAGAGAGAGAAGAAACCUGGCGAAAUAACCUUGUCGAACUCGUGCAACAAAUACAUUAAGGGAUCUCGUUGUUGUUUCGCUCCUCCGAUCGAGACGAACCGCUGUUGUCGUCGUCGUCGCUGCUGCUGCUACCGCUGCUGCUGCUGCUGUUGCUGUUGUUGUUGUGCACGCGCGCCGUGAUUCCGCGCUUCGUACUCACGCCCUCGCUGCAUAAACUUCUCGUUUUCCGUUCCGUUCUUGCGGCCAAGGCGUACCGCUACGAGCAAGAGAACUACUCGGUUCCAAGAGAGGGACCACCAUCGGCAAGUAGAACAAUCGACGGAUCGUACUUAUCGCGAACGACCGGAGAAAUAGAAACGGAGCCGGUAGAGACGGAAAAGCAGUGGGAGAAAGAAAUAGGAAGAUAAAGGUGGAACGAGUGAGCAGCGAAGGAAGAACUAGCCGGUGUUAGGGUCGUCGUUGGUGGCAGUGAUUCGUAGGAACGGUGGCAAAACGCGGAUCCGUCGGUGAAAUUCGCGCGCGCCUCCAAUUUCCUGUCGCUCGGAUUGCCGAAUCGAAUUCGUGGCGGAGGGAACGGAAGACGGAAGACGGGAAAGGAAAACGGUAAAAGAGCAAAGGGUAAAAGGAAAAACGAAGGAGAGGGAGAAAGAGGAGAGUACCAGCGACGCUGUCGAGGAUCGGAAGGAUCGAACGGAGGAGAGCAACAGGCUCCUAGCGUGGAAGGAAGACGGUGGAGGGGAGGCGGUACAACUGGAGAGUUCGGUGCAACCGUCGAUUCCAUUUCGUUAGUUCGCGCUCGGUCUCCUUUUUCGUACGCGUGUCAGUCUACGAGCGGAGCUACGUUUCUCGUUGGAGACCUUGUCGGUUCGCGGCCGUCGAUCGUUUCGCGGUCGCGCCUGUGUUACGUUCUUUGUCUCGUUUCUGUUUCUCGGUGCGUGAAAGUAUAAAACGACGCCGGAAAGAGAGGAAGAAGCACAGAUUGAUAGAGAGAGAGAGAUAGAGAGAGAGAGAGAAAGAGAGAGAGAGAGAGAGAGGAAGGAGGAAGAAGGAAGAAGGAAAGGAAGGAGAAGAGGAAGAAGAAAAGGAAGAUUUAAUUCGAAGGAAAAUGUCAAGGAAGAUGCGCGACGAGCGCGGCUACCGGCUCGACACGAGAGUGGCGAGCCGCUACCAACCAUUCUGAGGACCGAGCGCAUCGCCGAUCGUCACGCGAGAAGGAAGUGCAACCCGUGAUUCUUCCUGUCGUGAGAGUAACGUUCGAUCGAGUAGCGGUUUCCUCGAAAGGAGGCCGGACGAGAGGAUCGGAGGGGUGAGCGUGAACGGCGAAAUCGGUUGAAGCGAAAGAAAGCCGAAAGAGGAAGUAAAAGGCAGGACUUGCCGGCGGCGACAGACUGCACUCUCGCACCGUUCAGGGCGCAAGCGUGCACGUAUGUUGUGCGUUUCCGUGCCCUAACCCUGUCUCAACACGAGAGAGUAGUCGUUUCUCGGCGUUCUCAUCCCUACUCCAGCAACAUCGCCGCCGUUGCCGCCACCGUUAUCGCCACCGCCACCGCCGCCGUUACCGCUACCGCUACCGCCACCGCCACCGUCACCGACGCUGCUAUCGGCUCACCAUCCCUCCAACGUUUGCAAAGAAGCACCGCCAUAGCCGACGUAACGACGACGACGACGACGACGACGACGACAACGACGAACACCAACAACAACACGAGGACGACGACGACGACGACGACAACGACGACGGCGACAAAGAAGUAUAGAAGGAGAAGGAAGACGAAGACAAGAACGUUGACGAAAAUCGCGACCGCCAACACUAACUUGACCAUCGGGCUUCCAUCAUCGGCCCUCGAACAUUUUGCCCGGUCUUGGUGCACGUUACGCCACGCGUGACGUCGUAUCCAGCGUGCACGUUAGAGCGGCAGUGUGCACUACCUUCUCCCCUCGUAUCCUGCUCGCGCACGCCUUGAGUCGACGGCGCGCGUCCAACGACGAAGAAACAUCGGACGAACUACGACGAACGAAAUCAAAAGGAGCAGCGGAUCGAGAAAGUCGAUCGAUCGAACGUUGAGACAGGAGCAAGGGAAACAGAAGGAAGAGCAGGAGGUGGAGGAGGACGAGGACGAGGACGGGAACGACAACGGCGACGACGACGACAACGACGACGAGGACGUGGACGGAGGACGGCCGGUGGCGUGGGGGGUGGACAUCCACGCGGGAACUCGAGGCAGGCGCACCCGGCCGGCACGCACACACAUUCAUUCUAAGAUGUGAUUUCAAAAAUGGCGGAUUGCCCCUAUGCCCGUUGCAUACAGGAACGCAGACACAUCCGACGGGAGCUGCUGCGAUGGACAAAGAAUAUGGUCUUCGUAGUCGUUACGAUGGUGUCGCAGGUCUGGAACGGGUAGCGGAGGAGUUGAUGGGCCGUAGGAGAUGGAAGCAAUAUCAGGACACCCUGUACAGCGGUACUCGCAGCAGCGAAUCAGUGACGGCACAGCCCCACCACCGGCUCUACCCGGCGUUCUCGUCGUCCUGCGACCCGGUGGUGCCCGGGAAUUUGGAACAAAUUGGGUCGCGUCCGCUUCAUCCUGCGUCCUCCUCGUUACCUACAACGAUAACGACGACAACGACGGUGCCACCGGCGAUAACGACGACGACAGCGGCAACGACGGCGACGACAACGGGCCCGAUCAAGCAGGAGAGCCUGCAAAGGCAUCACCUGCAGAACCAUCAUCACCUACAGCCCUCCGCCGUUCAAGAUCACCACCGUCACUAUCAGCAGCAACAACAGCAACAGCAGCAACGACAACAACGGCAACAAGAAGAUCGUCGCCUAAGGCCAGACGAGAUCAAAGUCGAGGUCGGCGAGGACGAGUUCGCGAACGGUGUCGCCCGAGAGGAAUCGGCUACGAAGACCGCGGAUACGUCGACGACGACCACGGUAACGACGGGCACGACGACCACGUCGACGACGACGACGGGAACGAGCAUACUUGCUACCAGUACCGCGACCGGCACGAUCGCGACGAUCACCACGCCGAACACCACCGCUGUUAUGACCACGGGAACCACGACGAUCGCGACGAGGCGGCGACGCAAACGCCGGCAGAACGACGGAGAGGCCACCGACGACAGAGAGGACGACGAAGAGAACGAGGAAGAGGAGGAUGGAAGGGGGCAGGCCGAAGCGGAAAAGCGGCUGAAGCUCGACGAAGACGCCGACAGGCCCGUCAGUCCUCUGAGAAGGGAGAACGAUCGAGGAUCUCGGGAUUAUCCGACUGCCAACGCUACAGAUACGGAAGGGACCAAGGAACGAACGGAAGAAGUCGCGUUGGAGCGGACACCGGUGACGCAGGGUUCAUUGAGAGUGAAAACGGAGGAGGAGUUGCAAGGAGUGCCGAGUUCUGGAGGCGGUCCAACGAUAUUGACGACACCGACGCCGGAUUCGGAUGCGAUCAGGUCAGGGUUGCCGUGUCGGGAGGUUGAAGCAGCCGCUAGAAACGCGGUACCGCCGUUUCUUAUUGGAAGCCGACGCACCAGCCCACCGCCAGAAGACUGGAAGCCGCUGGACAAAUGUUACUUUUGCCUGGACGGCAAGCUACCGCACGAUGAUCAACCACCUCUCAGUCCGCAGAGCGACAGUAGCAGCAGCUCGCGAUCGGCCGAGUCACCGAUGUCGGUCCAGGUGGACCCGAUGGCGGCGUCCGUGGUCGCCGCGGCUCUCACCGGUACCUACCCUACCUUACUGCCUCAGUGGUGUCUGCCACCAAGGGAGGCGCCUCUCGUUGGGGUGCAGCCUCAUCAGGACAGUGCAACGCCAGCCGACCAACCUCUCGACCUCUCGGCCAAACCGAAAAAUUCUCAGGAUAACAACAUAUCUCUAUUGGAACAACAGAAAAUACCUCUGAGGAUGACAGCAGGUAUCGACCCCAAGAGUAUCUUUAAUUCUUGUUAUCGUGCAAAACCACGUAUGACCGGGCCAGUGGCGGCCGUGGCGGCGGCAGCAGCAGCUGCGGCAGGCGUCGGUGGUGUCCCCGUGGUGGGUGCCGGGGGUGGCCGGAGGGCCUACACCGAGGAGGAACUGCAAGCCGCGCUCAGGGAUAUCCAGAGUGGCAAGCUCGGCACACGAAGGGCGGCCGUGAUCUACGGGAUACCGCGUAGCACCCUGCGCAACAAGGUCUACAAGCUUGCGAUGGAACGCGAAAGGGACGCGUCCCUGUCUAGCACCCACUCACACCCUCACGAGCCCGGCGCCCCAGCCACCACCACCACCACCAUCACCACCACCACCACCACUACUACUACUACUACAACUACAACACCACCAAAUACGACCCAAAACGCCUCCGCGACCACUCCGCCCCCGCAAGUGGAUGAGGUGGACGACAAAGAACUGUCCGGAGCGGAAGAGGAGAAAGAAGUGGAGAAAGCUCUGUUGAAGCCACUGUUGUCCUUGGAAGACCUUGUCAGGUUUUCCGCCCUCGAAGGAAGCGGCGGUGAUUCCCUCAGAACGUUGCUGCAACGAGGACACGAGACGGGAGCCGAGUGGCCAGGGCUCGAACACGCCAACAUCGGCCCGUAUAUUCAAAAGAUGCUUGCAGCAGCUGCGCCAUUUAAAGGCAUGGAGACGCAAGACUAUCGCAUUCCAGAGGUGAUGAGAAGGCUGAUGAGCGAAGACAAGAGGCUAAACAAAAGCGUAAACGGGGACCAGUCGCAGCCACCGCAUCAGCAGCUCCAUCACCAUCAACCGCACUCGACGCACCCGCAAGCCCAGGCACAGUCGCAGACGCAGCAGCAGCAGCAACGUGGCCCGAUGACGAACGACGACUUCAACCCAAACAUCGAGGAAGAGGCGAGCGACAGCGCUCAAGGCAGAGCGAUCCUCAAGAUUCCGUCCUACAAGCCCGCGAGCACGCCUGGAUGUUCGAGCAAAAACGGCGAGCCAACGUCGGCCGCAUUCGCGCAAGGAUUCGCGGCCGCGACAGCAGCCUCGAGUCCGGGUCUCCUGGAACGAGCGAGUCCAGCGUUCUCCGGCACCAGCAGCCCAACCAACUCGUUGGUGGGGAAAACGGUGGCCGUGAAUUUCCGCGACGUGAUCGCGAAAAGCAUCAGCGUCAAAUUCCAAGAGGGUCAAACGGUCGCGACACCCGGAAUGCCCGGAUGUCAACCGGCCGGAGUGGUACAGUCGCAGCAAGCGAUAAUGACGGAUCCGAGUCCGUUCAAAAGAGGCAGAUACACACCGCCUCAGCCGGCGUCGCAGCAAGCCCAGUCGCAGGCGAAACCGCAGGCCCAAGAAGCGAACAAACCGAAACCAGCUACCGGCGGCAAAGGAACCAGACCGAAACGCGGAAAGUAUAGGAACUACGACAGGGAUAGCCUGGUGGAGGCUGUGCGCGCGGUUCAGCGGGGUGAAAUGAGCGUGCAUCGUGCAGGCAGCUAUUACGGAGUACCACACUCCACCCUCGAGUACAAAGUUAAGGAACGGCACCUGAUGAGGCCAAGGAAGAGGGACCAGAAGCAGUCGGACGAUAAAACGAAAGAGACCUCAGCCGUGGCAGCGGCGGCAGCAGCCGCGAACAUACGACCAGGUACGGCGGACAAGAAACCGCAAUUAAAGCCACAGAAACCGUUCACGUCACCGGGCGGUAUCCCAGGACCCAACGGGAUCAAGAUGCCGCCGUUCAUAGAAGGCAUGCCUCAUUUGCCAUUCACGCCGUUCAAUUUCUGGAGUCCGCCGCCGUUCAUGCCAUCGCCGUUCAUGGCAGGAGCGCCGAACGUUCCAACGAUCCUACCGGAACAGUACUUCGCGACGAGUAGGAUCCGCGGUCUGCAGGAACAACAAAGGAACGCGGCCAUGGUGCAGCAACAACAACAACACCAACAACGAGACAGGGACGGGAUAGGGGUCGCUGCUGGCACCGCUGAAUCACCUGGAACCUCGAAUUCUCGUAGCACGCCGAUGAGCAAAGCACCGCGGGAGGUAUCCGAGAGCUUGUACGAUGGUUCGGGAGCGAACGGCAGUUUCUUGGACAAUUUGAUCAGGUCGAGCCUCGAGACGGGAAUUCCAAGGGACCAGAGGGCAAUGACCGACGCGAGGAACCAGCAGCAGUCGUCCUCGCAGCAACAACUCCCGGAAUCGAUGAGGGGCAAAACGUUGAUCGAUCAACUGUGCAGAAACUCGAGGAGAACGCCGGUGUCGAGGCUGGCUCAGGACAGCAGCGAGGACGAGAGCUACAGGGGACCAUCGACAACCGGUAGGCCGAUCCCGGAAAGACCGGAACGCGUGCCCACCGUCGACCUUAGCCCGUCACCGUCGGAACGUGGCCGGAACGACGACGGCAGCGAUCGACUCACGUCGCCGCCGACACCUCUCUCGAUCUCAAGGGCCGGAAGCAGAGACGAGGACAGUACCCGGGACUCGAGGAUCGAUCGUAGCAGCAGGGAACGAGAGGUACACAACGGUGGACAGGAAGACCGCGAUAGAAAGACUCUGACCAUUCAGCAGCCGCAACAGCAGCAGCAGCUGAAUCACUACCCGGACUUACACAAUCUCUACGCCGUAUCAACUGAGAAAAAAAGUGCCUGUGAUAGUAAGCUUAUAGUAGAUCAUUCGAGCCAGAAGACUCAACAGCAGCAGCAGCAGCAGCAGCAGCAGCAGCAGCAGCAGCAGCAACCGCAGCAACAACAACAGCAGCAGCCACAACAGCAGCAAAAGGAAUACGAUGCGGUGAGCGGACUGGUUGUGCAACUGCAGCGGGGCUACAACAUCGGGAACAACAGGUCCGGCGAGCAGACCAACAGCCAGCAAUCGACGGAGCAACGUGGAUCCGUUAUCAGCAUGGAAGACUCCGUUGAGCAGUAGGAAAAGAAAGUCGGUAUCGUUGAUCAGUAAAGUAUACAAGUAACGAAUAAUAUACGGUGAACGAUCCGUGUAGACGGUAAUAGUCCACAUUCCCGCCCAAUGCACCGGCAUUUUACACACCACGUUGCCACGGUCGGGGAUCCUCGGCCUCCGCUUUCUCUCUCUCUCACUCUCUCUCUCUCUCUCUCUCUCUGUCUCUCUCUUUCUCCCUCUGUUUCGGUUCAAGCAUGUACACCAACGUGUACUCGAUAAUUGUCACUGUUGUGUCUCGCGAUUGGCCUCGACACCAUCGGCCAGAACCGACAAAGAACCGGAAAUUCGUGCACGACUUCGUCGCGCGUCGACUAUGAAAGCCAACGCGCGACCGUUUCCGAGGAGAAGGGCGUGAAAGCCGAGCACCUCCUCCGUUGGUGUGUGUGUGUGCGUGUAUAGGACGAGGGACGUUUCGAAGAAAACGCGAAACGUGGCACGAAACGGUAGUAGUCCCGAGCCUGACCCUGCCCUUUCCACCCGGAAGCCCCUUGAACGUCGCGAGGCAAUAGAGGAAACAGAAAAAAAAAGACGGACAAGCGAGUAACGAAAAAAGAAAAAAAGAAAAAAGGAAAACACAGAAAUGCGUAAAUGCUACCCAACCACCCGUGAACCCACUGCGAUUCCAUCAGUUACAUGUAUCCGGCGCUCGAACUCCGUCCAGCUGACGGCAGGUCGUACCGGUACAUUUUUGACUAUGGCGAUAUUUCGAUUCGAGGAGAAGGCAAGAAACGGAUACAAGACACGAUGUAACGUUAUUGUACCGAAUGCAUACACACGAUACACACACAUGGCCAUCCACAGAGACACGCAGAUAGACGUACUCAUUCGCUCGGUGAUACACUUAUUUUCACACGUACAUAUGGACGCCUCUGACACCGUCGGGUAAGCAAGAAUGCGCGUGUACGGUAUUACCGUAUGCCGAUCUAUGCAACGGCCCGGCGUUAAAAUACAAAACGGGGAACAGACGAAGCAGCACGUGAAACAGUCCGCGCGUGCACGCGUCCGUAGAGAAGAUACGCGUUGGGUAGGAGCGCGCGAUGAAAAUUCUGCAGGGUUGUCCGGUCGACAACGCGCGCGGAUACGUUGGCCGAUGAUAGACAUUUUGAACGCGCGAACGCGACGAGAAGACGAACAAAAAAUGAAGAAAUAAGAAUAAUUGCCGACGCAACAACGUAUUUUUUCCUCUAUCGAUGUAAAACUACCUAAUGCAAGAAAAAAAAAAAACUUAUUACCUACUACUAACAUUACUUAACUCGUAAGGAGCAACAUAAUUAUAUAAGGAAUGAUAUAUUAUAUAUUAUAUAUAUAUACAUAUAUUUUUGGUCAUUACGAACGUAUGCGAAACGAGAACGAGCCAAGACUUUUGUUGGCGCGCGUAUAGAUGACGUUUUUUCAUAAGGCGACAAUAUUUCUCUAAUCUCGGUUAUUUCGAGGCUGGCGUUCGGUAAAAACGCGUACCCCCUCUUAAACGGGUCGCAUCGAACAAGAACGAAAGAGGGAAGCGGGAAUAAGCUGCUUAGAAGGGUACGAAACGAUUUUCAUCGAUGAGGGAACGAUCGCUCUUAUCUCGUUGAUCGACGCACGAAGAGUAAAUGUUUCGCGAACAUGCGCGUUACGUUUCGAAAACGAGGAACAUCGGGAAUAUCGUUUGGAGAAGCAACGGGAAGAAAGAUGAAUUUAAUUCGAUUCUCUCGUCGACGACGAUCGUUUUGUUCCAUGGAACUGCGGCGAGGGGAGAUCUACGAGGAAAACGUUAAAAGAGAAAAUGGAAACGCGUAGAUGUACAUAAGGCAUUUGGAGAAAAAGGAUCGCUAUAUGUAUAGGCGUGCGCUUGUUCUCCACUCGGUUGUUCUUUACCGAAGUGCAAAAAUUUUUCUUACGCGCGGCAACGCCACGCAUUUUGAUACAAAUUGCAAAUUUUCUAUCGCGUAGAGGAAGAGAAGCAGCUGUAAUGGCGGCGUUCGUAGAAUUUCUUCACGAGGAAAACAUCCCACUCGCUUCUGGGAGGAAUCGAUUCCCUUUCUCUUCUAGAUAGUCGUCGAUCCGCGUGGUCGACGAUCGAAACGUACGAUAAAUCAGGCGAGUGUGACGACGUUUCGUACGAUCGGACAUUAGUUUCUUCCUGUCUGACUUUUUCUACGAACCACACGACUGUAUCUCGAUGGUGUUUUCCUUUUAGCGUCGAAGAAAAAACGUAGCAAAAUUAGAUGAAAUUCGAACGCGUCGAAAAGAUCGGCCAUCGUUAUUUCUAAUAGGGGAAUUCGGAGAUUUCCAUUUCGAGAAACACGUUCCGAUGUUCGUCGAUACUUUCUCCGGACGUUAAACGAAUUUUCGAAGCUUCUUAUUGGUCAUCAAUAGAGGCAAUGACGGUGACUAUGAUGACGGCAGUUACCGUAACGAGUUCUAGAGAGUAUCGUCGUUGGGUAUCAGAGAAAGAAUUCCUCUUUCGCUCCUCUUCAACGAUGCGACUGAUCCUUAGAAAUUAAUCUCUGCAAAAUUCGUACAACGUUUCAUUACCAUCGUCGUCGUUACGGGCUUCAUCUGCGUCUACGACGUUAGCACAGCCGACGGAUGCUUCGGAAAAUCAUGUAAUUUCCGAGGAAAAGGCCAGCGAACAUCGAAACUUCUUGGAAUGGAAAUUUCGAAAUUCUGUCACGAUCGUUUCGGUCGCGGUGAGCGACGAUACAACACGAAGAACGCCAGUCCCUCCUCUUUUGACUAAUUUUUUCGCAGGUUAUCCAUGAGCGUCGUGCGCGCGACUAUCGAGGUAUCUUCUCGUAUUUCAAAUUAGAAUUCCGUUCGACAGGAGAUCCUUGACUAUAUAGAAUGAACACGUUGAAAUAAAUACAAAAAGAAAAAAAAGGAAAAGAAGGGAAGAAGUGGUGAUUUCGUCGUUUCGCUAGUUGUAGUAGCCGAGCAGGACGUUGGACCAAGACGAAAUCGAUGAGAGCAGGCGGAUUCGAAAGCAGAAUGACUCGUUUUAGCGAAACACGCGUAGAAAACGUUACCACGUUUGAGGAAAAUAGUGAAGUUCGGCGCGUUAAAGUACACACCGCGGGCCACGAUUUUUCCGUCUUUCUCGCGUGUCGAGGAGGAUUUCACAAGUUCUGAUUCUAAAAAAGAAAAAAAAAAAAAGAAAGGACGAGGACAGAGGAAACGAAAGGAUAAUUCACGCACUCAUCUCAUGACUCUCUUUAAGUAAAGUAACGACUGAAAGACUCUAGGCUGUACAUAAAGUAUAAGGCAUGUAUGUUCGGUGUUUUAAAAAAAGCAAAAAUUCCUUACUAACGCAAAAAAAAUUAUACCUUACGAAAAAAAAGUAAAUCGUAUAAGCAAGGCUACUCUCUCGGUGUUUUUUGGAAUUAAACUUAAAAUUUACCCACCCCUAAACUUAAAGCAAAAAAACCGUGAAUUAAGGAGGAAAGCUCUAAAAGGGAAUGAAAAAAAAAAAGACGGGUGAAGCGCACCCACGCAGAGAAGCGCGUCGGAAAACUAUUAAAAAAAAAAAAAUAACAAGUUAUUGAGUGUAAACGUUAAGGUCUCCUUAGGGUUAAAGAAUAAAAAAAAAAAUUAAUAUCGAAGCUGAACAGCAGAAAAACACAAGUGAAAAGCAAAGCACUAAUCAUGAUUGUGUGUAAACGUAAAUUAAAACCUUCCUUCUAACCCUGUAUCCACUAACACACCCCUUUUUAAUCACUCACCAGCCGACUACCCGCUUCGCGUCAAAGUGUAAAUUGUUCGGUGUGAUCUUACCUACACGAUACCUCGAAAGAAAAGAAAAACAAAAAGGAAAGGAUACCUUUUUCUAAACAUUCGCCAGGCACUACACCAAAAAGAAAAAAGAAAAAAAAAAGGAAGGGAAGGAUAUUUCUUACACUCGUUCCAACUAUCGCCUUCUUUUCCUGCUUCCUCUUCCCCUUCGCCCUUUACCCUAACUCCCAUUCCUUCAUCCCUCUUGCCUUUUUAACUUUACUCGUACCCCCUGAAACCCUCUAACCCCCUCCCCCGAUUUAAUCGAAUCCUCUUCACCUUUCUACCUUGCAAAAAUCCAAUUCACCGACACACCCGGGACAACAGAGACUCCCGAUAAUACCCUUUUACGAAAGAUUUAUCGUUAGAUGUGAAAAAUGGAUAUUUAUCGUGCGGAUGAUUGUAAAACGUGCGUAAAUUAUGAUUGUCGUUAAUUCAAUUACAGUUACAAAAAGUAUACGUCGCGACGUUCUGCACGCGUUCUCUAACCAGGAGUCGAUAUCCGUCGUCGUCGAUCCACGAGCGGUUCCACGGUAGCUUCCCGCGGCUUUUACAACCGAGGGAAACGAGAGGCGCGACGCUGCAAUUAGACUUACGUCCGCGAGAUCGACGACCUCAUCGUCGCCGGAGAUUUCCUCCACUCGUCCGUUUCUCCAGCUUCGAAGUUCGUUCUUUCAAACGCGUUAAAAGUAAAGAAAAAAAAAAAAAAAAAAAGAGAGAAGAAGAGGAAGAAGAAGAAACGAAAGAAAAAGACAGGAGAGGGGAUGGUAGCGGUGUGAAAUUUUGUUGUUACUUUCGAUUCGGUGAUGCACAACGCACAAAAUGACUUCUCGAGAAUUCGUGCAGAGGUGAUAAUCAAAAAUGGUAAUCGCGGAUUCGUCUCGUGGGAUCGAUCCGCCAGGUUUCCGGAAGGGAGAGGGGUGGUGGAAGAGGAAAUUUCUGGUUCGACGACGACAGCCUCGACUCCUGCGCGAAUUAGACACGCGAGAGCUACGAGACUCGUCCGCGUUCGCUAAGAACGGGACGACUGAAUCGCGACAAUUGGGACGAUCGGCGCUAACGGCGUAAUUAACGGGGCUGCCGUGUAAUGAUUUCCCAGUGACACAGUCGCGUCAACGUGUCUGCCACAGCGAUUUCGAUCGACGAGACCGAGCGACCGUCGGUUCUCGGCUCGGGGAAUUCGGAACUUCUUCGUUCUGGUGUCCGAAACGAUGGACAUCGAUGAACCGAUUGGUACGAUUGACAAAACACACGCGAAAAGAGGGGAAAACAAAUUUUCUAGAAAAAUGAAAGAGAUGCUUCUCUAUUUUUGCGGGCAAAUAUUCACGUAAGAGGUGUAAAAUUGGACAACAUUCUGUGAUUUUAAACAUUAUCGGCGUACGGACAGAGAUUCUGUCCAUUGGUUAUCGUGUACAGCAGUUUUAGGAAAAUUUUCGCUAUCGAAAUUCGUUCUUUGAAGGAAAUAGCUAGAGAGGAGUGUUAGGGUGGAUCUAACGAGGUCGCAUAAGCUAGGGCAGAUAUCGUUGCCAACGCGACUGUAGAGAGAAGUGUCGAUUUACGUUCUUUUUUUUUUCCUUUUUUUUUUUUUUUCUUCGAGGGAGACGGCGGGACGAGAAUAAGAAAUCCCAGUUAGCACGGAACUAAAGGAUUGUAUUAAUACACACGACGUAGCGGCAGCGUCGUGGAAUCGGCUUCUCGAAAUCGCAGGCCAGAUUUCAUCGGAUCAAACGCGGCUUUUCUUCAAAGGCAUUUCAAAAUUCGUUCUCGCGGGAGAUACGUCGGGAGAGGAAUGAUUUCGCGUUCGUAGAUUUUCCGGCCGUCUCCUUUUACGUCGCGGGCGAUACGCUGAAACGAUCCGGCGAGAGACGGAUUGGUCGAAAACGGGGAGGAAAAGAAAUCUUUAAGAAUUAAAAGAAGAUAUAUUAUAUUAAAAUAUCUGUGAUGUAAAAAGUAACAAAAUUUUGAUGUAUAUUUUUCACAAAUUAUUGUAACCAGCUAGUGUAUAUGUGUAAGAUUACGGAUAUAAAAGAAAAAAAAACAAAUACUAUUGUAAUUACGGUGUGUGGAGACAAAAUGACGAGUAAGAGAGAGCGAAUUGAAAGCCAACAAACAAACAAACAAAAAGAAACCAAAAGAUGAAACAAAUACGGGAGAAGCGAGAUCGCGAGAUUACGUUUAUCCACACCGGUGGUCAGACGGGACCAAGAUGGCGGGCAUUGCUCGGAAAAUCGGGCCCAAAGAUUCUCGUUUUUUCAUCGCUUUUAUAUAUUUUCGUUACGCGUUUUCCGUUUCAUCGCGGGCAAACGAGAACAUUCGAAUACCAACAGCGUGUUCUUCCUCUCGUUCCCGGAAUUGCGUCAGAGGAUAAAAUUAAAAACGAGAAGGAAGAGAAUAGAUGAUCUUUUCGCUUGAAAUUUUAAGUCCAGACUCUCGAUCGUCAAAAUUGAAUCGUUUGUCGUAUAAUUUGUUUCUUUGUUCGUCAACCUCGCAGCAUCGAGCAACGACGAUCAUUUCGGGUGGUUCGUGUUUCCAAAAACUGGAAGAUUUGGUCCGAUUGGCCCUGAAACGGCUCAAUGUCAGCUACCUCACAGAGUAUCGUCACGUUUGGUAUGGUUUGCGUAGGGGAUGUUCGCGUGUUUCGAUUGCCGAAGUAAAAUUGGAUGGCCGUCCGCUGAAAACUCGUUUCUACAUUCGUUUCUUUCGUGCGCUAUAAUUUUCGAAGAAAUUCGUUCGAAUCCAAAAAAAAAAGAGAGAGAAAGAAAAGGAGAAGAACAAAGACAAGAAACAAGUCGAACCUCGACUAUCGAAUUAUCGAACCUUAGAACUUAACUGGAGAAGACUGACGAAAUAUCGAUUGAAAAUUGGCCAAUCAGUUUCUUCGAACGCGUAGACGCGCGAACAUCGUCGGGGUGGGGUCGUGUAGAAAUGGUCUAAACAGUUCCAAAUUGUGCCUAAGUUUCGACGUUACGUUUUUACGACUCGCAACAGAACGAACGACGAAUGUAAUACCGUAGCAGCAAACUGAAGUUUUAGUUCUAUGGUGGGGUUGGUUUAAAGUCAGGAGGCAGUGAACGGGAUAGAGGCAAAAGAACAAAAAAGAAAAGAGAAAAAAAAAAAUAGAGAUGGGCGACCUUAAAGCUAAAUUUUAAAAGUAUAUUACCUCCGUAUACGUUCCAGGGCCGUCCGGCCGCCAUCUUGCGUUCAUUUUUACGUUCCGUUUUGUCGAAUAAGUGCAAUUAGGUACACUGACGCCACACACAAAGACAACACACUCUUGCUGACACACAUACACACACAUACAUACACACGCGGAAAACCCACGAACACACACACGCACGCAUACACACAUGCGCGAGAAACACUCUUCGACACGCAUUCACACUUCCACACACGUACACGUCAAACAGACGUCGAAGAAAAAAUGAAGAAAACGAACUGUUACGCGCUAGGUUACCGUGUUUUUAAAUUCUAUUUUCAAUUCACGCAUUCUCGAAUGUUGGGAUUUUCGUGAUCAACGAAGAGCUGGCCUGUCGUUCACAUAAGAAUAACACGUACAACAUACAUAUGAUAAACAGACGAACACGCGUACAUACACACACAGACACACGUUACCAUAUUACAUAGAACACGUACACGUACUCGCAUACACUGCAAGAAGCAGCCGACGUCGAUUCGACGACAAAGUAUGAUACGCCGUUUUCUCCAUCUUCGAACGUUCGCGUCUUUCUUCGACGGAUAUCCAGUUCGAUGUCUCGUGGACAAUUGUACAAAGACGUUGGUAAAUUUAAUCGCUUAAACUGAAAACUACUAAGCUGUAUUGCCUGGAUCAAUUUUUGCCGGCACACUUUCGGAUGUCUUUCGAUCGAAUCAAAAAGGGGGAAGGAGGAGAACGAAGAACGACGUGCACGGCCGAGGAUCGAGAAGGGCCAAAGGGAGUAGAUAAAUUACCGCCUGAACCAACGUAGAAACCGAGAUGGUACGGUCCGUUAACGGUGGAAAACUUGGUACCUUUCUAAUUGGCUUUAAUAAGCUCGUAAUUCGUAGGCUCUAGUCAUGCAAUGACUUUAAAAGGCGGGAAGUCGUCCCUGAAGCGGUGGGUCGAAUCUUCCGCGAAUUCGUAUACGCUAAACGGCGCGAUGUGACGCGACGCUGGAACUUACCGAUUUGUGUUCAAAAUGGGCGAACAAAGUCGACAAGGCGUCGAUUCGACGUCCGGCUCUCGACACCGAAAUAUAAUUAUGGAAACUUCUAACGCGUACGCCCGUGCGCUGUCCGCGUAAUUUCGCACGGACGGCACACGCGCAAAGGAAGGAAUCUAAAUAGAUAGGUAGAUAGAUAUACGACGAAAAAAAAAAAAAGAAAAAAACGAAUCGGAAGAUUUGAGCGCGAGAAUGGCAAAGACGGGGAAAGCCAGUGCUCGACCACGCCUCCGACAUCAGCCCGAAUCGCGGAGCCUCCUCGUAUUGCGACUGACAGCGAUUUCUUUGCAAAGCUCUCUCGCGACAGCUGGGAAUGAACGAGCUACGCGAAAUCAUCCGUUCUCGCUGCCGCAGUAAACGUCUUUUUUCAUUCUCGGGCACACAUACAUACAUACACACACGCACACGCGCACACACACACACACAGACACGCACGUUUCUAGCGAUAGUUUAUCUCGCGCCGUAGUUUGGUAAAACCUCUUGGCGCGGGUUAAGAUUUACGCGUGACGCCACGGCCGAUGGGUGCUCGUCGAUUCGACACCCGCGGAGAGACAGCUGCGAUCGGUCGAUGCUCGGUAGAGGCAAAUGUUAGAGGCUAUCGGGAUUUCUAUUCAACCUUUGUUCGAAUAUUUUCUAAUAAAUGGUUGCGCGAUUCGCCGACAUCGACUGGCUGCUCGGGUAACUAACGUUAAUCGGUUUAAAUUUCGAGUUUCGCAUCGUUAGACUUUGAGACGUAAGAAGGGAAGGUAUUUAGAAAUGGAAGGAAAUUAAAAAAAAGAAAAAGAAAAAAGAAAAAGGAAAGCGCGCGAUCGCUGCUGCGUCCGUACGAGCGUCAACGGGUGAAAACGAAGUUCGUGAAACAAAGGUAUUAUUCGUCCAUCAAAAGGUGAUGUAUUCUUUAAAGUACAAUUACUUCUUGUUCCAUAUACGAAUCGAAAUUACUUUCAUGUUCCUAUUUCGAGGUUUAAGGAGCGAACUGAGUCGGUCUUGUUUGCGGUUAGAGCGAUGCGUCCUCGUCGGUCGCGGAUCUCAUUUCCGCGAUGGUGGCGGGCCAGAUCGGAGGCGGUCGGUCUCGACACUGACUAUGCCUAGACUUUUCGACUAGUAGGCGUUAGGAAAAAAUGGCGCUGGUACUACGUAGUUAGCACCGGUAGUACUCGUAGUUUGGCGCUUUAGUUGUUUGUAUAUCGUGUUGUUUCGUUUCUUUCCGUUUUUCUAUAUUGUCACUGUGUAUGCCCGGCCUCGCCGCGCAAAACGUCAAGGUCGGAAACGUGCGACUGGAACUACGAAGGAGCGAGUCGAUCGAUAGGAAAACUCAUCGAAUCGAUGAAAAGAAGUGGCGACGACGAAAGAUGUCGCGAUCGUGAAUAUUACUCGCGAUUACACGUAUGGCACGUAUGAAACGACUAACUGAAUCGGCUCGCCAACGAAUCUCGGAACGUUGGAAGAACGGUGGUGACUCGGUGUUUCAAUCAAACCUGUUUGUACCAAAAUCACUCUGAAAUCAUACGCACCGGAACUUCAAAGUACGACCAACUAGUUACGGACCAAGUACGCUGAACUGCCGGUGAAUUAAUCAAAAGACACGUCCGAGCGGCGCGUUACGUAUACGAGAGACCUCUUCGAGGAGCCAACCGUUUUCCCGUUUUUUUUUUCUUCGUCUUCGAGCUGCAGUUCGUUGUUCCGACCCUGACGAUCACUGCGUCCCGCCGAAACUCUCGGCGAGACCGGGCGCGUUCCGAUGCGCUACAAAGUUUUUAAAGUUUAAAGUAACCGAUCGAAAGCGAAAGAGGUAAUUAAGGACAAGAAGAUUAAAAAAAGAAAACUAAAGAAUCCAAACCGGAUGUAAAAUCCCCACGCUCCGAUCCCCUCCGCACCGAAAUCCCAUUCGACAGAUCGUCAUCCAUCCACAUGAACAACCCCUCCGGACAACCUUUAGCAAUUUGAAAAAUUCACCCGCAUUUCCGACCACACACGCACACUCAGUGACACGCUAAACGAACACCAGAAGUAUAACAAUACACGCAGUCUGCUUUCUACAUACAGCUACAACAAUAUUGCAGCCUCCCGAUACCAGUCGUCUCCUUACAGUUUAAAGCGGGGUGCGUUCGUGACGGGCGCCAUUCGGAUUCGACGUGUCGUGCGUCCUUCUUUACCGGAAUCACGACGAAAAUUCGUCGCGAUCGUAUCGCUGUCGAUGCGAGGUAGUUUCGUCUACGGGCACGAAACACGACGAAUUUUCCCGCGAGUCCUGUGGACGUAUCCAUAAAGAGGAAGCAACAGCUCGGCCGAUCGAAGAGCAGGCUCCGUUCGAACCGAUGGCGCCGCGACCGUCCGAUCGUUUCCCUGCGCCGUGCCACGGGUUGCAUACUCACCCGGGCACCGAGAACAAUGCAACCAGCAACACACAAGCAGCAACAAUAGACAUCUCUCUCUGUCUGAGCAGAGCACGUCGCGAUCGCGAGUUCGUCGCUACGUGCGACCACUCGCUACGAUCGCCGUGCAUCCGAGUUACAAGUACAGCUACUAAAAAUCUAUACAUCUCAUAUUAUCCAACAGUGAUCAACGCAAACGCAGAUGCCACGAAGAGCAAUGCAAAAAAUAAAAAAAAAAAAAAACAAAAAAUAAUAAGCAAGGAUCACUCGGCAGCCCGUAUCGUCUCGGCGCGAUGAUUAUUCAAAUGACGCGGUCGAAUCGUUCGGAUUCGGUUCGUUUCGUUUUUACGAUCGCCGGCUCGGCGAACGAUCGACGAGUUAUAAAUAUGGCGUCGGACGAUCGGGGCCGGGUGAAAGUCCCCUCAAAUCAAAACCCGCAGUCAGCACAGAAUAUAAACGAUAAGUGCAGAGGAAACAAACUACUAUAGUAAACAAAAAAGGUACAUAUUAUAUAUAUUAUAUAUAUAAAUAUAUAUUAUUAUAUUAUUAUUAUUAAUUAAUUAAUUAAUUAUUAAACAUACAUAAAAGAAUAUUAUUAACAACACAAAGAAGUACUAUAUUACUACUAUUAUUAAUUAUUAUGAUUCUUAUUAUAAAUUUAAUGAAACAAUGAUAACAUUCCAACCGUCAAUGUGCCACACGACUUUUUAUAUGCUCUUAAAACAAAACAAAACAAAAAAAAAGGAAGUAUAGAGGGAACGCGAGAUUUUGCGAUAAUCGUCGUUUGGUGAUCGUCGGAAAGCAGCGCGGGGGGAGGAAAGAACGUUCUUCGAAAUCGUUGACUGAGAACCGCGUUAGCGUGGCUGUGAGAAAGACGCGGGACCCUUCGAGCGAACCUCUCGAUACGAAAAGAACACCGGAUCAAAGAGAAAAUAAGAGGAAAGGUGCACACGAGCCGAGCUUCGUCUAGCGAUUUUUUUUUCUUUUUCCCUACGAUUAAUUAAAGAAAACCGAGUGCUCUCUAUACGAUGAAGCUCCGAAGGCGGCGCGAUACGUGCCUUCGUCUCGUUGCUUCGAAUUUUCGAAAAAUGUCGCGAGGAAAGAAACGUCGAUGCGAGAGCGAGCCGUCUUACGCCGUUUUAUCUUGUAUCACUGGUCGACCAUGAUCGAUCGUAAAUAGGGCAUACUUAAUCGUUCCGGCGAAUUUUAUUUUCUGAUUACGACGGCAAUCGUCGUAAUAACGAAGCGCUUGUUCCGCUUUAGCUCUAUACGUGUAACGCUAACGACGAGACUCAUUGAUUUAAUUACGCGUAUUAAUUGCUGUUACGUUUGUCAUUAUUACUAUUACUAUUAUUAUUAUUAUUAUUAUUAUUAUUGCUAUUCAGAUGAUUAGGAUUGAUAUUUUUAUUAACAUUGAUAGUUACAUUAUUAUUUUUAUUAUCAGCUAUUAUUAGUAGAAUUAUUGCCGCUAUUUUUAUUAUUAUUAUUAUUAUUAAUACUACUACUACUGCUACUACUACUACUAUUGCUACUACUACUACUACUACUACUAAUACUAUUACUAUUACUAUUGUUAUUCGAAAAGAGAAAGUCUGUGAAUUCGACGGGCAUGCGUUCACGAUGAAAUACAGACACGCACGCACACAAGCGCGUUUAACGUGUGUAAUCACCUUCGUUAGGAACAUUAUCUCUAUUACUAGUGCCGUCUAUACAUGUUACAAGAAUAUUAGUUAGUCCGUGAACCAUUAAAAAAAUUUACAUCACCCGUAAAUAUAGGUAUCGGCUAAAGUAUAUCACGUUGUUAAAUACGUAUGGUAUGUGGGCGUGUCUGCGUUAACGCGAACACAAUCGUGCGUUUGUUAAUAGGUUAAUGUACGUAGUACUUAUCAUUAUCAUCCUCAUCUUUCGCAUUGUCGUUGUCAUUGUCAUCACGAGUCGUUAAAUCAUCGAUAUCGUUAUCAUUAUCGUCCUUACGCGUCCUCGUCAUUCGGGUCAUCCUCAUUUUUAUUAUUACUCCAUCAUCACCAUCACCAUCACCAUCAUCAUCAUCAUCAUCAUCGUCGUCAUCGCCAUCGUCAUCGUCAUCGUCAUUACCAUUACCGUCAUCGUUACGUAUUCAUUAAGGUUAUCGAUUAAUUUCAAGUAAAAACGCACGAACUACGAAUCAAUUUCUUAAAUAUACGUACGUUUUCUUCUUUUUUUUUUAAUGUAGCUUGUUUUUUAUACUUUUUAAUUAAAGCGCGGCUCGCGAACCCGAGACCAACCCAAGUGCAAUUCGUAAUCUUUUGUUUCUUGUUACUUUUGUCGUAGAUUACUUCCCGUUUCUUAUCGCGCCUCCGGGCCGUGAACGCCUCCCAUUCGUCGUUAGUUUCUUCUACCAAUCUACCGCUUUUCUCCUAGCUCUAUCGAGCUUCUUCUUUUCCCGUUCUUUUCCUCCAAAGUACUUACAACUCUCGGGAACAGAGUGAAACGGUCGAAUAAUACGCGUGCAUAGCUGCAAAGAGGUAAAGCCUCAAACAGCACCGACUAUUCCAGGCUUCGUUACCGAUCGUUCUUUAUUUUCCACGCCUUGGCCGCUUGAAUUCUUUCUUUUUUCUAUCGACUUUUCACCUAUAAACGCACUGUCCAACAUUAUUUCCCCUCUAGUGGUACGUUGCUCUUCCACGAAUUCUUCGUCGAUCGAAAUUGAAGGAACGAGAAAAAUAAGAAAGCAAACGACGUUCGAACGAUCGUUCUUGCCGGUAUGUCGAUCAUUCCACGAUCAUUCCGCUGUAUUUUCUAAAAAAAAAAAAAAAAGAAACGUUCACCUUCUACGUUGCCUGGCUUUUCGAACGGGCAGAAACGAUAGCCAGAAGAACGAUAGACGUUCGAACGGUCGUUUGAUUCGUAAGGGAAGGAUAUCAGCCGUCGAAGACGGUGGAAACGAGCCUUAAAUAUCACGCAUGCCCGUUUCAUCGAUACAACGCGAAAUGAUUGAUUCGCGCGUCGUUUUUUUCCCCGUGUAUUUCGAUAUAUACUUUCCCUUAUUUUCUCUUUCGUUAGACCGGGAAGAAGUAUAAAAUUGGCGUUUGCCAUCGGCGAACAGGGCAUUCACACCGUAUCGACUUGCCAGUGACGAGGAGUUUAACGAGUGAAUCGCUUCUUCACACAUUCCGCGAGGAUCUUCGUAGCUUUUCACUCUUUUUCUAAUAAGAUGCGUGGACUUUGCGCGUGAAACGGACGGCUCGCGAUCGUCUCUUCGCGCUGCUUUGCCACGGCGAAGGCGCGAGAAUAACGCGUUUAAUCAACCGUAUAUCUAAUUUGGGCAUAAAUCGUGCAAACACCGACGCGGUGUUUGCCGAGCGUCGGAUAGAAAAUCAACCUUGUACAUACCGCGUAGACAUUAUGCAUCACUUUCUGUAAACCGUGACACACACGUACACACAUCAGAUCACCCACGAAUGCUGCGAUUACGACACACGAUUAACUAACCUUUACCGGAACACACUGUUUUUCCUUCAUCGAGUUUUCAACGACGGUAUACUCCCAUACUAAGGAAUUCGCGAGGAAGCGCGAUUUUUCGCUGAUCGCCUUUCGCAAAUCAGCGAGAAUCUCCCGAAAUUAGUCGAAUGGCAAAAAGCUCGGAAUGGCACCGGUGUCCCCGCUGUAUCUAUAGGAAUUUGGAAAUCCGCGCGCUAAAAUACGAAACGUGGAAAGGUGAAACAAGGGCAAAGAUGAAAGACAAGAAAGAAAUCGUAGGUAAAUAAUAGCCUGAUCCCAAAACACUCGUUGAACACUCGUCUAAUCGCAACAGAGCCAGUCUUAAUGUCUUGUAAAGUAAACGGAGCAAAACGUUAGAAAACCGUGGACGCUUUCGCGCAGGCGUGUUUCGAACGGCGCGGCGUAUCGUUUAAAUCUCGCCUGCCGGAAGCUUAUUUCUUAGGUAGCCCUGUGUAUAGAGACGCUAAGUUUCCAGUGUAUCGAUAUGUACGGUGUAUUUCCGACGCGCAGAUCGAUCGAUUCACGGUCGACCGUCGACACCUCCGCUAAACGUAGCCGAUGUUAAGUUUCAUUUCUCUCUCUUUCUCCCACUUUCUCUCUCUCUCUCUCUCUCUCUCUCUCUAAUUCUCUUUCUCUUUCUCUUCUAUCUCUCAUCUCGUCCCUUUCUUGUAAUCGCUCGUCAAGUACAAUGCAAGUGUAACACUUUUGCACGCGGUAAGAGUUAAUGAUGUUCGUACCUUUUCAAGGUCAGACGCGAUGAGUCUGGCCGCGACUCUCUAUAUACAUUCUACCCUUGUGUCCCUGCCCUUGUCCGCUAGCCCUACCUCUCCUUGUUUCAAGCCCUGUUUCGUUGAGCGGCAUAUCUCGUAGAAUUAAGAGACGUUUGUACGGGCUGAGACGCGGCCGAAGGUCCAUUCCCACGCGCGACUCCUCGAAACGAGCGGACAGCUCAUAGAGAUUCUUUCUCUGUUUCUGUCGCGUUAAGGAAGAACGAUAGAUCUCGAAACGGGCGAUCGAUGCAUUCCCGUGUAGCGAACACGCUACCGGUCAGGUAUACGUCGAGAUCUGGACCCCAGGUUGUCCUCGCUUCUUAGACGUAACACUUUCGCGUAAGCUCGAGCAGAAAGAUCGUACGUAAAGCUGACGGAACACAUAUACGAAUACGUUACACUACAAUAUACCACACAUGAACAUACGUUGUAGAUGAACACAGUUACACACGCAUACAUACACACAUACACGCGCACGCACACACACACACACACACACACAGACACACGCACUCAGUCAGACACACAGCUACGAACGUGAAACACAUGGACAACGUAUACAACGUUACAGUACAUACACAGACGCAAACAGGUACACGCGUACACACAGACGCGCGCGCGCAUAUACGUUUCGUAACGAAGUAUACAGUCUUAGCGCAGUGUUUCAUAUAGUUAGGUAGGAAACGUCAAGAGAAUAUUUUUUAUAUUCCACAUGGAUUUUACAGUUAUAUAUUAUCGUUUCGUAUCGAAAGGGAGGAGUUUAAAGGCGCGUCCAAAGCGUUACAUAGAUAUAUAUUAUAAAUAUGAGACCUCUCGAUAUACGUGUCGCCAUUUAUUGUUUACACCGCGAUGAUUAUAUAUCGAUUAUCGGUCAUUCUUAUGGCGGUAGGCGCUGUCGUUUAUAUAUAUAUAUACAUAUAAAUAUAUCUAUAUAUAUAUAGAUAAUUAUGAGGCGGCGCAGGGGGCACGCGCGCGCUCACGCGCCGUGUGCACGCGUCGCUAAUUAUCUCGUUGACGAUUAUUAAUAAUCGCGAAGCCGCUACGAGCAAAUCGAGCAAAACGGCGUGUCGCGUUCGAUCGUAACUCGCGGGGAGGGGGAGGCCCUUUGAGUUCGUCCACGGUAAGCCCUACGUCCACGUGCGAGCGAGAAUCACCGGCCCUUUUCUCCAACCAGGCAGCCAUUCUCUAUUUUACUCUCUUUACACCGGCCGGUUGCUUGCAUCUUCUUCUUAUUUCGUUUCGAAAGCUUUUCCUUUUUCAACCCGUUUCGCGAAAUAACGAUGCGGGAGAGCUCGUUGGAGGAAUACAAGCGGGAUCGAUCAUCAAUACCAAACACCUAUAUACAAAAUCUGUACCUUUUUACAUCAAACACAUACAUACACACACACACACACACACACACACAAAUAUAUAUAUAUAUAUGUAUUCAACAAAUACGCCUACGGUUUAUUCAUAAACGACGUGAGAAAAGAUAGACACACAUACACACACACACACACACAUACACAGACGCGGAUACACAUAUUACAAUCGUACAUCGAUAGACCAAUUUUUCGUCGAAAGACACAAUUACGAAUACGCUAGACCAAUGUAUCGCAUACGAGAUAUAUCGAUACGCUUCAAUGGGGGCAGUUGAACAGUUGUAACGCGUGUAUCAUAGAAAUCGGUCGCGCGAGAGACGCGGGAUACGCGAAUUUGUAUAGAGUUGAUGUACGUAAUCGUAGCGCGACUAGAAAUAGGUAUCGCUGGAGUUUUAAAUCGUGUUUUUAAAUCGAGUUUUUAAAUCGUGCAAUUAGUAACGUUACUUCUGUUGAUCACUUGGUUUACGGAAUUAACGGGCAAGAAGAAUUCUCCACGUCGAUGAUCUACGAUCCUUCCGAGCUAAACGGAUUCUCGUAGCUUGUAAAGGUCGUAUCUCAUGGACGUGAGAUCGGUGUUCGCCCGAUGGAUCGGGAAUACGUGACUUGGGAAGGCCGCGUGCACCAACCAAACAUCUGCUCGAUGAUUGUUACUUAUAAUUGUAGACCGACUACAGAUGGAUAUUUAUCCGCGAUCGCUCGCCGUUCAUUUCGACCUAUCGGCGAUCGAUCUUCCGCAUUUAAGGUAGGAUUUCCUCUACUGUCUUUCUUUUUUUUUUUUUUUUUAAUCCUAUCUAACGUUUCUCGUAUUUUAAUUGAACGAAGAAUAACGGAGACGAUAUGAAAGAACGUCUUUUCGAAUGUUUUAAGACGAUAGAUCGGACAUUUUUACCCUUUCGAGAUUAAUGGUCCGAUACAUGCAAAAGUAAGGUUUUCCGAAGGUUCUUAUAUAGCUAUAACUAGGUGUGUAUUUUACCAAAAGUAAUUUUUUAAAUACACUUUUUCUCAAAUUUAACGGUUUUCUAAUCAUUAGAUUAUUGCGGUGACUUUUGAAAAGAAAAAAAAGAUACAUCUCCAGAUGGUUAAUUAAGAAGGGUGGUAUAAGGAUUUUUCGUGAAAAAUUACUCCUAAACAACCUUCGACUGUCAUAUUCGCGUUAAGGAAAUAUCCGAAGAACGAAAUUGCGCUGUAACGAUUCUCAUAAAAAUGUAUAUACGAUAUUAUUUGAUCGUUCUAACGUAUUCAUCAGAAUGACAGUUCGUCGGAACUGGCAUCCGCUACAACUAUAAUUUUAAACGUACGAGUCUAACGCUCGAUAGGAAAUUCCAUCUUAAAUUUGGAUUAUCGAGAUUUCGAUUUUAUCAAACGACAACAGUCGUGCACUGCGACCGAUCGUCGAUAAAACUCGAGAUUUUUAUAGCAUUCGGGUAAAAAUGGUUGGUACACGCGCUCUUGGCGUAAGCGGAAACGGCUGUAAACGCAGUGAACGGUCGAGAUCGAAGCUUGAGCGAGAAAAAAGACAUACUUUGGGCAUUCUUUUGAGUCGCGUUCGAGCGAAUUGCGAGUGAAUGAGAGUGGCGAGUGCGGAACAAAUCGCAAGUACGUGGUUCGCAGCUUUGAAACAUGUGAUACGUCAGCCGGCAGGAUUGACUUCCGGUUAUCGGGAACGUUCGAGAGAUGUAGAGCGAAGAACAUGCUCACGAAAGAACAAAGCGAGUGACGCGUAUCGCUGGUAGUGGAUUCGCGGGCUGACGCAUUUUUUAAAGAUUCUUUGAAGUAGGACGCUCUUUUGUUGAAGGUUGAUUGUUAUCAAAAUGGUUGUGAGGUUAUAAUGUUUGAAAUGUGUUAACGAUGCGACGUGAAAGUUCGAUCGACCGAUUGCCACGACUUCCGGAAACGAGCCGAUCGUGACUAAACAACGAUUCCAAAAAUGUAAUUCACUCGCGUUCCGUGAAGUUGCGUCAAUCGUCUCGCCGAAUAGCGGACGAGGAGGCGAAUUGGAAGAACGUGCGCUUCCGCGUGAAACCUUCUUUUCCUUAAUUUUCUACUUUGUUCUUCCUUUUCCUUCUUUUAACUCGUCAACAUUCCUUCUGAUCGAAGUUGCACUUUCUCUACAUUAGCGAUAACUUGUUCCGUUAAGCAUAGCGCGAACGAAUGGUCAGUCGACUGUAUAUAUAGCAUUUAUUUUCAUAGCAUUUAAACCGAAUUCGAUUGGUGGAAGCGCACGUGUCCUUCGACGUUGUAAAAUUCGUCUCUGAGAAAGCGUGCAACUGGCAUUACCCCGCAUACAGGUCUGGUUCGUGUUGCGAGUCCAGUUUACGUCAAGUCGGCGCGGUCUUCUCGCGUAAUCUUUCCAAAUUAAUCCUCGAAAUAGCGAUUAUGCGAUAAGAAAAGGAAGAGAGGAAGCGAGAAAGAAAAUCGUAGAACGUGCGAGGAGCGCGAGACGAGCAACAGUUUUCACGACAAGACUUCGUCGAAUUGUUGUAACGGAUGGCCAGACUAAUAGAAAAAUGUGCGACUGAUAUAAACCAGUAUUCGUGCGAGAAAAUGUAAAAUAAAAUUCGCGUAAUCUAGCCUUAAUGAGAAAGAUUAAAUUAGGUAUAAUAGAGGCGGUACCGCGAAGGAUGGUCCCGCGUCGAAAUUAUCUCAAUUGGCUGUAAAAUAUUGUCGCGGAAAGUGGGCCGUGAAGACGACGUCGAAACAAAUGCAUCCUUGAGUUCCAAGAGAGAAAAAAAAGAAAAAAAAAAAGAAAAAGAAAAAGAAAGGCAGGAAAUUUCUCUGGAGGACGUCGUCCAACACGUUCCUCUUUACGCGGCGAUGUAUCUAGUGAGAAUAAUGUUACUAGGUAACUUAAGCGUAUUUUAAAAGAAAAAAAAAAGAAAA